AUGACACUGAAUGGGAAGUAUCUUGGAGGUUGGAAAGAAUUUGCUACAUAUUACUCCCUAGAUCAUGGUCAUAUGGUGUUGUUUGAAUACAAGCACACUUCUCAUUUUGAUGUACGCAUAUGUGACAAGAGUACCCUUGAAAUAGAUUAUCCUUUCCAUGGCACUCAAGAUGCACAGGGCAACCUUGACCAGAUUAGUGAUGAUGACUCAGUUAAAAUUUCGGAUGAGCUACCACCAUUCCAUAAGACUAGACAGAAAUCACCAAUUUCUUCUCCUCAACCAUGUAAGAAAUUGAGAACUUGCACAAGUGAAGCAGUUGAAGACGAUAUAGGUGAUACUACAGAAUUUCUAAGAGUGAAGCAGUUCACUUCUAAAACUACUGAAGCUAUAAACAAAGCCCAAACUUUCAGAUCUAGAAGUCCCUCUUUCACGAUUGUCAUGAAGCCUUCCUAUGUUGAUGGACAUUUCUUGCAUGUCCCAUUACAAUUUGCUGAAAUAUAUUUGAAGAAAGAGGAAAGGAAUAUCCUCCUUCAAGUCUUGGAUGGGAGAACUUGGACUUGUAAAUAUAGAUUCCCCAACAUUUUUGGUAGAUGGAAGGAAUUUGUAUCAGAUAAUGAUUUGAAAGUGGGAGAUGUUUGUCUUUUUGAGAUAACCAAGAUCCGAGACCUUUCUUUGAAAGUACAAAUCUUUCCACUUGCAGAAGAAUCAAAUUCCCCUCCAGUUCAAGAAACUGUUCAAGGAGAUGGAAUUCAUUGGUUUGACCCUGGGAGAGUACUGCAUGUUGGAUGUUUGAAUAUUAAUAGCAGAAAAGAUAAGAAGACAACAAAAAGAUCUUCAUUGCUGACUGGAGCUCUGAAAGAAGCUAGUGAAUUCGCCUCAGAAAAUCCCUUUUUCAAAGUUAAAAUAAGGGCGGAUAAUAAAUUUAGACCGAAUGUACCAUUUGUCUUCAUGAGAGAUUACUACAAUAACAACAUGAUGCAGAUUGUGAUGUUACAGUUUGGAAAGAAAUUGUGGCCUGUAAAGUUAGUGAGGACUGCAAAUAGAGAUCGUGAUCGAUGGAAGUUGUCUAAUGGUUGGUCCGUAUUUGCUCGAGAAAGUAAAUUGGUAGGUGGAGAUUAUUGUGUGUUUGAACUCAUCAACAUAGAAAAUGCAGUACUUAAUGUUCAUAUUUUUAGAGGCCACGGUUAG